UCCUCUCCAACUUUCUUUUCUCACUCUCUUAACCAAAAAUGGGUCAGGGCAAUCCCGGCGGAACCAACCACCAAGAGGGUUUUCGCGGUGACCGGAAGCACGAUGACCCCAACAAGGACAAGAAAUUUGAGCCAGCGGCGCCUCUGUCGCGCGUCGGCCGCAAGCAGAGAAAACAGAAGGAUCCCGACGCCGCCGACCGCCUCCCGACGGUCACCCCUCACACCAAGUGCAAGCUCCGGCUUCUGAAGCUCGAGCGAGUCAAGGACCAUUUGCUCAUGGAGGAAGAGAAGAAUGAAGAAGAUAGAUCUAAUGUCGAUGACCUUCGUGGCUCGCCGAUGAGUGUCGGGAAUCAUGCGAUUGUGUCGUCGUCUGUUGGUCCGGAGUACUAUGUGGGGAUCUUGUCAUUUGUCGAUAAAGACCAGUUGGAGCCUGGAUGUGCCAUUCUUAUGCACAACAAGGUUACUAGGCUGUUGUUUUCUUCUCGUUCGUGUGCUAUUACUAUGUUUAAACAUCAAUUUCUCAAGGAGGGCAAUCCCAAUUCAAGCCAGGGUUUAAACAUCAAUUGAUCCUAAGUAUGUAUAUACAUAGAGAGAUAAAAAGAGAGUCACAGAGCAUUUCAAUGAAAGAAGAAUCAUAGGCUGCAGCACGCGCGCACACACACAUAUAUAUAUAUAGAGAGAGAGAGAGAGUCUCAGAGCAUUUCAAUGAAAGAAUAACCAUAGGCAGUAGCACAUACAUCGAUUAUAUGUAUAUAUAUGUGUGUGUGUAUAUAUAUAUAUAGAGAGAGAGAGAGAGAGAGAUGUGUAUGACUAAAAACUUGAGCUUUUCAACAUAUAGAACCAAUAUCAGGACUGUGGAAAUGUUUUCCUUAUUCCAGAAAAGGUAAAGAUAGAAGCUGAUGAAGCAAAGCAGCAAGCGAGACAAACCAAAGAGCACAAAC